GACGAUCAAAUUCGACUACCUGUACAUUUUGCUAAGUGUUUUUAUCAAUUUUAUUUAAAAAAUAAUGGACAAGAUGACUGUAGAUCCAUCCAAGUCGAUUCCUGCAUUUUACGCUGGACAAAGUAUACUUUUGACUGGUGGAACAGGAUUUCUGGGUAAAGUUUUUAUCGAAAAAGUUUUACGAUCUUGUCCAGAUGUUCGCGAAAUAUUUCUAUUAAUGCGACCGAAGAAAGGAUUAAGUAUUAAAGAAAGACUCAGUAAAAUAUUAAACCUACCACUAUUUGAAAAAUUGCGCGAGGAGCGACCUUCGAAUUUUGAGAAAUUAAUUGUAAUUUCUGGUGAUGCCAGUGAGAAAAAUAUGGGUUUGUCGGCUACGGACAGGCAAAUGCUGGUUGAAAGA